GCAGUCUUGGAGCAGCCUCGCGAUCGCCAGCACGUAACCGGCGACCGUCCGUACUCGAGGACGAAAUCACGACAGUCUCGGAGCCGGAUCCUCGCGUAUCAGUCUCACGACCGGGUGGUGCGACCGUAAUUUCUCGCCGACGACGGAGGACAGGAUAGGAAAUUAGACGAAACCAACCGGGAAACAGCGCCCGCUCUUCCGAAGAAAUCUAAAGGAGAAGAGGAGUCUUGAGGGCGAUUCUUGCCAUCCAAAGGACCCACGAAGAGGCAUGGCGAGACAACAGACCGUGGAUCGGAACAUCCCUCAUCUGCGAGAUAUCUUCGGCUUCGGCAGCAAAUGGGAUACACGUGGCCACGCCGAGGAGAAGGCACCCGGUCACGACAGCGCCGUGUCGGUUGGUUCCACGUCGGGCGAGGAGGAGAGCCCGAAGAACAGCAAGAAGAAGAAGUCGCGUCGCCGCGACAACAGCAAGACAUUGACCGAAAGCGACGUUAAACACCUGGAGCGGCACCUGUCGAUGAAGAAGACUAUACGCAAAAAGAUCAUGCGUGAUCUGCAGCAGGCUUUCGUCGAGGACCCGAACGAGUUUCGCGUGGACGACAUACCACCGGAACAGCUCAAAGCGGAGAUCAAUAUCCAGAGCCUGAGCUUCGGCACGCCGUCCCAGAAGCAGGGACGCACGCGUGGCAACGCCGAGAGCACGUUCCUCGACAUGUUGCGCGGUGGCGGUUUGGAAAAAAAUGGAACGGACGGAGAUCGGGACUCGGGACACGGGGGAUCGCCGACCAGGGAGACGCCCAGUGCCCAGGACACGGACGACGAGUCCUACGCAUAUGAGGCGCCGGCCGCGACGCCCACGAAGAAGAGCGGCAACUUCUGGAGACGCUUUACCAUGAAGAAUCGCAAUAAACGAUAAAUCUGCGGAUUUAUCCAAGAGCAAUCGACGCAAAGAGAGAGCGUACCGAUACUUUAUAUUCUCCGUCAUCUUGAUAAUUUUUACCAGCGUAGUUAACGAAGCAGAGCUUGCAACUGUGAUAUACAUAAAAACCAACUUAUCUCCAUCUGUCCCUCAUCCCCCUGUCUCCCGAGGUGAUUCUUCUCCGUCGAAUUUUAAGAGGUUCCCAAAAUUCGAUCACACAACAAGACCGAGGACCAAUCGAUGCUGUACAAAUUUCAAAUCUAAGCGCCAUACGUUUUUAUACGAUACAUUAAAAGAGCGUGAUGACACCUUUCGAACCAGCAUUUUUAUCAUGUUCUAUCAUGACAUAUCAUGAGAUAUAACUAAUGCCGAGGUCGAAGAGAAGAAAAGCACAGGUAACUUAUAUCUUUUUAAAAUUUUAAAAUAAGUAAAAGUAAUUUAAGAAUUCAGAAAAUGUAUAAAUGCAAAAAAGGAGGAUGUACUUAUUUUGAAAAAACAAAAAUUUUUUUAGAGCCUUCGAUUCCUAAUUAAGUAUCUUAGCGGAGGUAUUAGAAGAAAAAUAUUCUGUGCAAAUAUAAUUUUCUUUUAGUUGUAUUCUUUUUUGCAUUUAAAAUAAAAUUUACAUAUUCAAGCUUCGAAGAGAAAAAGAGAAAAAAGAAAAUAAAGAGUAGAAAAAGAUGCAAUCUGAACGGAUUUAUGUAGGGAUUAUCCGUUGCACAUAUACACUCUUUCUCGAAAUAUAUCGGGGGAACUUCUUAAAACUCUCUGAUUUAAAAUGUGUAAUGCUCGAUGUGCCCGGUAUAACGUAUAUAACUCUCAUCUUCUGACAUGUACUUAAAAAAGACGUAAGAGUAGAAAACGAAGGCAGUGACACGGCCACGUGUGUAGUAUUUAAGAGUUUAGCUAGUUUUAUUUUUUCUUAACAUAAGAACGCGGAGAAGGCAAUUGUAGGUGAUCGGUAUUAAGCGUAAAAGAGGUACGUACGCGUGCGCGCCGAUUAGAUAUUAGCUAGUCAACAUCGUUAAGACAUAUACCCGAAAAACCUUGUCGAUUUUCUUACUAAUAAAAUCAGAUUUGAUAUCGGCUUUUUGUAACACAAAACUCGAAAGUAAGAUAUUUUUUAUGUAUUUUUUACCAGUUCGAAAAUUUACAACUUUAAGAUUUAUUGGAGAAAUAUAUAUACACUUAUACGUAAGGAACUUGUGAAUUAUGUCGUUUAAGUACAACGCAUCAUAUUUUUCAUUAUACACUUGAGUUUUAAAGCUAUAUUGAUGUUUAUGAAACGCGCUAUUGUUCCUAUCGUUUUUCGAGAUAUCUCACUAGUAUUAGAGAUAUUAUUCGCGAUAACAGUUUAUACAUUCUUACUUGUAUCAACUGUUGUAUCCCUCCCAUCCUUUAUUACGAUAAUAAUAAUAAUUAUAAUAAUUAUUCCUUUUAAUAUUAACUGCAACGUUAUAUAUUAUAAGCUUUAAAUGUAUCAUGUUCGAACUCCACAUCAUAUAAGAACAGUAAUAUACUCGAAUAAAAGUCUUAUAGAUA